AUGCCAUCUACUGUGUUCCUGAUGAACGCCAAGGGCUUCAGCAGCGCCUGGCCGGAGCUGGUGCAGCAGGUGGCGGCUGCCGUACUGGAAAGCGCCGGUAUCGCCCCACGAACCGCGUUCCGGAGGCAGGCGGCUCGCGCCCGCGACCUGGAGGAGACGCUGUCGAUCCUGUCCGUGGCGGACACGGCCAGCCUGCUGGACCGCACCGAGACGCUCUCUGUGUUCUCCGACACGGCUGACCUCAGUACGCUGGCCGACGACAACUGGACGUCGCUGGAGCUGGCGGGCGGCGGCGAGCCCGAGACACCGGCGCGGGCCGGCAGGGACCGGCCGCACGAGGCGCCGUCUGUGUCGUUCGCCGAGCCGUCGGCUGGGGACAGGAUGCCCGGCCGGAAGACCGCCGACAAAGGCGAGGAUCUCCUGCGCGAGUUCGCCGAGACCAUGUCCAAUAUCUCGGAGGGCGUGGUCCUGGAGGACCUGGAAGGCUACUUCGAGGAGCUCGACCGGCCUUGCCACGGCGGCGGUGUCGUCGUCGCUGGCGCGCACCGCACGCUGCACACGGACCGCGCUGCCACGUGCGAGCUGUGCGGCAAGCUCUUCGAUCGCAAGGACACCAUGCUCAAAACCCGCGAGACGCACAAGACUAACAACGAGCACGGGUGCGCGCUUUGUGGCAAGAUGUACAAGCAGCGCCGCAUCCUGGCGAAGCAUAUGCGGCUGAUCCACGCGUAG